AUGUAUCCUACUGAGGAGUCUCAACCACACUACAUUUGCAUUGAUAAAGCUUGUCGAGUACUUAGAACAGCUAUUGCAAAUGGAAGCUGGGAUAUAUGGAAGAAAACCACACGUUUCAUUGUUGACUCUUAUCAUUAUAUCAAUCAUCGCACAUUGGCUUAUUUGUGCCGCAAAUGGUGUAACCCCUGGUCCAUUGAAUGGUUCUGCUCCAAAUCUUGUCAAAGUUGCUCAUGA